UUCAUUAAAAAAAUAAAGUUUAAUUUUUUUAACAUAAAUAGUCAUUUAAAAUGAAAUACGAUAAAUAAAGAUAAAUUUUUUAAGUCUUUUAUAAAAUAAAACACAAAUAUAUGAAAAUGUGACAUUUACUAAAUAUUUGUCAAUUGAAAAAAAAACAAAAAUAAACCCGCGCUUUGAAAGCGCGGGUCAAAAUCUUGUGUUUUCUUAAAGUGGAAUGACACGUUUAGUUCAUACAUUAAAUAGUACUCCCUCUAUUGUUUUAUAAGAUGUUUUGCUUUGCACAAAAAUUAAAAAAUAAGAUGUUUUGCUUUGCAAAAGAAUUAAAAAAUUUACUUCUUAAAAGAUAAUAUUAUUAAAUAAUAUAAAUUAAACAUAAGUUAACCAAUCAUAAAUAAUGCAAUAAAAUGUAAUUGGUUGACCAAUUUUCAAUAAAGUUAAAGUUAAAAUAAUUCAAUAUGUUUUCAAUCAAAACAUCUUAUAUUUUGAAACAUCAAAACUUCUUCAAAACAUAUAAUAUUGUGGAACGGAAGGAGUAUAAAAGAAUAACCAAAAGAAAAAAGAAAAAAAUAUUAUAAUAAAAUUGCAUCUUGGUAGAUUUACUCUAAGCUUCUCAACCUUUACUCACGUUGUCUCCCAUGAUAAAAAGCUUAAGCCUCUUGAACCAAAAAUAUCUCAAUUCACAUUCACAUAGUGAUUAAGAAGAGGAAGAGAGGAAAAUGCUGAGGUCAAUCACAAGAAACUUCAAACUCAUUGCUUCAAAUGGUUCGAUCCCUCAGCUAAUAACCUCUUUUCUCCACUAUUCGACUUCUUCUUCAAGAAAGUUAGAAGGCAAAGUCGCGGUCAUAACAGGCGGUGCAAGCGGCCUAGGGAAGGCCACGGCGGAGGAAUUUGUAAGCCAGGGUGCUCAAGUCAUUAUUGUAGAUAUAGACGAGGAGGCUGGUCGUAUGGUCGCGACCGAACUUGGCUCAGCCGCAAAUUUCAUAAGAUGUGAUGUCACUGUGGAGGAACAAGUCGCUAAGGCCGUGAAAACCGUCGUGGCUCGCCAUGGGAAGCUCGACGUACUACUCAAUAGCGCCGGAAUAUCAUGCUCCAUAUCACCACCAAGCAUAGCGGACCUAGACAUGAACAUAUACGACAAAGUGAUGCGUCUCAACGUGCGAGGCACCGUCUUAGGGAUAAAGCACGCGGCCCGAGCCAUGAUCCCCGCUGGCUCAGGCUCCAUCCUUUGCCUCUCCAGCAUAAGCGGCUUGAUGGGCGGGUUAGGCCCACAUGCAUACUCAAUCUCUAAAUUCACAAUACCAGGUGUGGUCAAGACGGUAGCUGGUGAGCUGUGCAAGCACGGCAUAAGGAUCAACUGUAUAUCACCUGCGGGCAUUCCUACGCCUCUAACGCUGAGAAUGUUUCGAGAAGUGUUUAUGGGUCACAACAUUCCGGAGGAACAACUUGUGGCCAUUGUGAACGCGGGAGGAGAUUUGAAGGGAGAGAAGUGUGAAGAGAGAGAUGUGGCUAAAGCGGCUUUGUAUUUGGCAUCAGAUGAUGCUAAGUUUGUGACGGGGCAUAACCUUGUUGUUGAUGGUGGAUUUACUUGUUUCAAGACUCUUAAUCUUCCUUUCCCUUAAUAUUCAAGCUAAUUUAAGUAUUUUGUUGUAUUGCAAUAUUUUUAACUAAGACUGUUUGGGGGUAAUUUUUGAUGUGAUAUUUUGACACUACCAUCUCAAAGAUCAAAGAAGCAUGUCAAAGCUUUAUAUCUUUGAACCAGUGUUUGUUGGGCCUCAUAACAGCAACUACAAUAGAUGUACCACUUUGAAAGAAAGUCAUGACUAGUUGGGGAAUAUAAAAACAACGGUUGGUACUACUUUGUGCAGUCACUUCCAAAAUGAUACUCCCUCUGUUUUUUAUCGUAAGUAGUUUAAGCAAAAUUUGUUUGUUUCAAAAUAUAAAUAGCUUUCAUAAUUUUAAGUAACUUUUACUUUUAUUGGUUAUAGUGUUACCAAUCAAAUAAUAGAUACUUAUUUAUGAUUGGUUUAACUACACCUAAUUUAUAUAUCAAAUGCUAUUUUUGAAAAAAUUAACAACUUUCUUAAUAUUUGUGCAUUCAUUUAAAACUACUUACAAUAAAAAAUAAUUUAGUCUAUUCUAUCCUGAUAUCUAUAUAUAUAUAAAUAUGUUCGCUUCUCUCCUGUGAUGCCACGUCAUUAAGUCGUACGUUAUGGGAGUGACACGUGUCCCAUUUUAUAUUUGGGGGCAAAAUAUAACAAAAGGAUGAAUAAAUAAAUGCAGUCAGGGGUAAUUGAACCCAUGACCUCCAGCACUGGUAAUUUCUCUUAGAACCACUAGGCUAAAGUCACUUUUUAUAAUUAUGUGGCCGCAAAAAUACUUAAUAUCGUGUCGGCUGGAAGCCCAUGCUUCUUCUGCUUGUGGCUAGGGCCGGCACUGACUGACGUCAAGAUAAAGAUCGUGAAGUUAAAAACUUUGCUCCAA